GAAAACCCCCUACCAAAAUAGGGUUCCGCAUUUUUGCGAUGUACGAUUCAUGAUGCGAGGGAUUUAUCUAUCCUCCUAGGCCUCUAGGAGCUUCGUAGGUCCUAAGAUCCCUCUGACACCGGCUGUUCCCCGCGACUAAGCGAUCGCAAUCGUGUGCCUGCUUAGGCGGCGCACAGAGGCUCACCGCCGCCUACUCCGCGCAGCGCCUCUGCCGUCCGCUGCGCUCCUACUUCUAAGCCGCGAUCAUUACUCUCGCUUCUCGACCUUCGCCCGCCUAUUAUUCGCUUUCCGUCCAUUUUACCGAGUUUUCCUUCGCUACGCCGCUUACCGAGUGUUCCGUAGGGCGAAUUCCGCUCAUUUCCACGCCUGCAGCCGAGUCUCCCGAUCACUCCUCACCCACCGUUGCUCUGCCGUCAACCGAGUUUUCCGUCUGCUCAUUUCCACGUCUGCUCUCGAGUUUCCCGAUCACUCCACACCCACCGUCCGCGCAUACAUCGUCUCCCCAUAUCCUCCAUAUCCCCGCUAUGGGCCGACUCGUCCACUUCGCUAACAUCCCUCUCCGCAUCGUGCGGCCCGAGUCGCUGGAGAACAUUAAGGAGGUGGUCUUUAGAACCGUACCGUCCGUUAACAAGGUGGAGAUUCGUCGCUACCUAGAGUCACUGUAUGGCUUGGAAGUAGACAGAGUUCACACGAUGAACUAUGAGGGCAAGAAGAAGCGGAGCCGGUUUGGGUUCUACCGCCGACCGGACUGGAAAAAAGUUGUCGUGGAGCUCAAGAAUCCGGUCACGCUGCCCGAAAAUGUUUUUCUGGGUGUGCCGAACAGAGAGCCUGAAGAGGUUGGAGCAGCAGCGUCAGGCUCAGCUCAAUAGAGGGGAUAACGUGUUCCUGUAUUACAUGUAGUGGAAGUGGAUAUUGGACAAAGUUUACUCCAGGCUGCAAUGCACUGGCACUACAAGCUUCAAAUAUGAAUGACUAGUGUUCAUGUCAUAGCUGUCAAACAUAAGUAUAACUCAUGUUUGUAUAGACUGUAUAGGGUCGCCUCUUAGAGGGUACAACACUCUUAGGUAUAUACCCUUGUACUCUCUCUCUAUUAAAACAAUUCUUCAGUU